UUCGUUAUAACGGUUAAUGGCGGCGAAUUUUGAGCGAACUUAUAUUCGCGCAUUCAUAUGUAUUAUAUGUACAUAAAAAGAAAGGUUAAAAAUGCGAUUCAUUCUAAUUUUGUCGUUUAUAUUUUAUGCGCUGAGCACAAUCUCAGCCGAAGACCUACUUGAGCUGAGCUGCCUCACAGAUGAACAAUGCAUGCAGUUCGAGGGCGGCAAAUGCCUCGAUUCUCGCUGCAUUUGCACGGCACGUGGCGGCGACAGCGAGGAGCGCGUGGAUUGCCAGCCCAAAGAUGAAAAGCGGAACAAUAUCGUUGGCGGGCCGUGUCCCUGCACACUGCCCCAUGCCGAAUGCGAUGCGCAGACACAGCAGUGCUUCUGCGCCGCCGAGUAUCUGCCCAGCGACGAUAGACGUCGAUGCCUGUCGCUGAAGGUGCCACUGAACGGCAGCUGUGAGAUGGCGCGUCAAUGCCAGUCUAUGGACACAUUUGCCGAUUGUCAGACGAAACGCUGCACAUGCCAGGAAAACUUUGUAUCCUACGAGGGCAACUGCCUGGCACUAUUGGAUCUAAACUGCAGCAACAAUGCAAUGUGCGAAACAGUUGACGCGUCGAUCUGUCUGCCCCAGACCGCCAAGUGCGCCUGCCCCAAAGAUCUGGUGUCCAAUGAAAACAGAAGUGCCUGCAUUCCAGGCGUCGACUAUGCCACCAGCUGCACAAAUUCCGCCCAAUGCCAGGUGCAGCUCGGGGCCGGCAGCAUGUGCGACAACAACAAUCGCUGCAGCUGCAGCCCGAAGCACUAUGCCAAACGGGACGAGACGCUGAACAGCACAGUCUGCGAGCUGCGUGUGCCGUACGGCGCCUAUUGCCGCCGCACCGCCGACUGCCAGCAGAUGAGCGAUGGCGAGGACAAUGUCCUGAACUCCCGGAUGGAGUGCAAGUGGGGUGAAUGCCAGUGUCGCGCCGAAUUCCAAGUGGUAAACAACGAGCAUUGCGUUGUGAAAGACGCAGCAACGGCCAACCAAUUAUCUCUCAUCUUGCCAAUUCUCACUAUUUGGCCAAUUUAUUCAUGGAUAUAGAGAACAAAAAAAAAAAAAAAAAAAACUACAGCCAAAAGGUGGUCUGAACAUUCAAAAUACAAAUACACAUACACUCAAUAUCAAUAAAAAGUA